AUGGGAUACAUAUAUGAGGCCAUGGAUAGGGCCAAAGAAGCGAUUGCUAACUCUUUUAAUGGGGAUGAAAAGAAGUAUGCACCCAUUUUUCAGAUUAUUGAUAAUCGAUGGGAUGUUCAGCUUCAUCGCCCCUUGCACGCAGCUGGUUGGUACUUGAACCCAGAAUAUUUCUACAAGGCUGAACGUAUAGAUCCAGAGAUCAUGACUGGCUUAUAUGAAUGCAUUAGAAAGUUAAAUCCAGAUAUAAAGGUUCAAGACCAAAUUGAUGCUGAGCUUUCGAUGUAUAACAAUGCAGAUGGGUUCUUUGGAAACUAUAUGGCUAUUAGAAAGAGAGCUGAGAAAUCACCAGCUGAAUGGUGGGCUUCAUAUGGAAUGUCACACCCACGUUGCAAAAAUUUGCAAUUAAAAUUCUUAGCUUGA